AUGGCCCUCUUGGGCAGACAGAGCCCCCCAUCCCUGCAGGUCCCCAGGGGAGGGCCGUACCUUCUCCUCCUCAUCUGCCUGCCUUUGGGGGCCGCCUGUCCGCAGGGCUGCCAGUGUCCGGAGCACGCAGGGGCAGUGGCUGUGCACUGCAGUGCCAGUGGCCUGCGGGAGGUCCCCAAGGACAUCCCUACCGAUGCCGUUCUCCUGAAGCUCGAUGCCAACCAGAUUGCUCGCAUCCCUGACGGAGCCUUCCAGCAUCUGAGCCAGUUGAAGGAGCUAGACUUGUCUGGGAAUGCUAUCGAGACCAUUGGUCCAGGAACUUUUGCUGGCCUAGCUGGGGGCCUGCGGAUGCUGGACCUGUCCCACAACCGUAUCCGCAGGAUCCCCAAGGAUGCCCUGGGGAAGCUCAGUGCUCAAGUCCGCCUGUCCCAUAACCCCUUACACUGCGAAUGUGCCCUGCAAGAGGCCCUGUGGGGGCUGCGGCUGGACCCUGACUCUGCAGAUGCCAUUGCUUGCCACACCUCCGUGCGUGAAGAAUUUGUAGGGAAGCCUCUGAUCCAGGCCCUUGACGCUGGUGUCAGUUUCUGCAGUGCCCACCACAGGACUACCGAUGUGGCCAUGCUGGUCACCAUGUUUGGCUGGUUCGCCAUGGUGAUCGCCUACGUUGUAUACUAUGUGCGCCAGAACCAAGAGGAUGCCAGGAGGCACCUGGAGUACCUGAAGUCCUUGCCCAGUACCCCCAUCUCCAAGGACCCCAUUAGCCCUGCACCCUAA